AUGGCAAGAUCACCAAGAGGUAGGAACCUCCAAGCUCGUCAACGUAGGUCAGCUUCUUCAGAUGUGCCCUUGUGCUCCUGGAAGACGGAAGGAACAAACAAAGGAAAUGAUAUGUCAGUGACCUCUGAGAAGAAUGAAUGGAAAGGAGCCACUUGCCCAGUUUGCUUGGAGCAUCCACAUGAUGCUGUCCUCCUCCUGUGUACCUCUCACCACAAGGGCUGCCGACCAUAUAUGUGUGGUACCAACUACCGUCAUUCUAACUGCCUUGAACACUUUAAAGAAGCUUACGCAAAGGAAAAAAUGGCUCUUGGUGUUUCGGCUGAGUCUGCACUUGGCCUUCCAUUAUCCUCGAGCACACUGCCAUCAAGCAAGCAGCCAUGUGUAAUGGAACUUGCCUGCCCUCUCUGCCGUGGAGAGGUUAAAGGAUGGACUGUGGUUGAACCUGCGCGUCAGUAUCUGAACCGGAAAAGGAGAACUUGCAUGCAUGAUGGGUGCUCAUUCCAUGGCUCGUAUAAGGAGCUUUGCAAGCAUGUGAAGUCGAAGCACCCUUCAGCGAAACCUCGUGAAGUUGAUCCUGCUACUGCAGAUGAGUGGAAAAGGUUUGAAUGUGAGAGAGAGCGGCAGGAUGCCAUCAGCACUAUCAGGUCCAUGAACCCAGGAGCUGUGAUCAUGGGGGAUUAUGUUCUUGAGUUGAAUGGUGGUGGCAACAACCAUUUGCCCUCGGAUGGAGAUAACUUCGACUUGGAGGAAAGGCUCAACUUCUUCACAUCCUUAGAUCGUACUUUGAAUGAGCGAAUUGACUUGUAUGACUCGUCAGAUAGUUUGGAUGAGGGGUUUGACUUCUUGGCAUCCCUGUUUACGCAUGGCAGGAGAAUCUCUACUGGAGGUCCAUUUAGCAGGGCUUAUAGAAGACAUAGGGAGAGGCCUAGACGUUCAACGAAUUCUGUUGAUGCUUCUGACAUUCAGCAUGAGUCAAUUCAGCAUGAGUCAGUUAGCACUCAAAGGGGACAGCGUGCUGUUCGGGCUAUAGGCAGAACUUCACGGCGGCACCAUCCUAUGGUGGCUCAUAUAAGGCCUACACGAGGCAGCUGA